AAAGGCCCCGCCGCGGCAGGGACCCGGGAGUGGGCACAUGGGGGUGCGGGUGUGCAGGUGCCAAGCGCCAUGGGUUAGGCCCGAGAUUGGAGUCCGGCCGCCCCCCGACAGCAGCCGCCUCCUGCUCCCCGCGCGCCCCAGGCGCCACCAUGUCGGGCGACAAACUUCUGAGCGAACUCGGCUAUAAGCUGGGACGCACGAUAGGCGAGGGCAGUUACUCCAAGGUGAAGGUGGCCACGUCCAAGAAGUACAAGGGCACGGUGGCCAUCAAGGUGGUGGACCGGCGGCGCGCGCCACCCGACUUCGUCAACAAGUUUCUGCCGCGUGAGCUGUCCAUCCUUCGGGGCGUGCGGCACCCGCACAUCGUGCACGUCUUCGAGUUCAUCGAAGUGUGCAACGGGAAGCUGUAUAUCGUGAUGGAGGCGGCCGCCACCGACCUGCUGCAGGCAGUGCAGCGCAACGGGCGCAUCCCCGGGAGUCAGGCGCGCGACCUCUUCGCGCAAAUCGCUGGGGCUGUGCGCUACCUGCAUGACCACCACCUCGUGCACCGUGACCUCAAGUGCGAAAACGUGUUGCUGAGCCCCGACGAGCGCCGCGUCAAGCUCACUGACUUUGGCUUUGGUCGCCAGGCACACGGUUAUCCUGACCUGAGCACCACCUACUGCGGCUCCGCCGCCUACGCGUCGCCUGAGGUUCUCUUGGGUAUCCCAUACGACCCCAAGAAGUACGACGUGUGGAGCCUGGGCGUCGUGCUCUACGUCAUGGUCACCGGGUGCAUGCCCUUCGAUGACUCGGAUAUCGCUGGUCUGCCCAGGCGCCAGAAGCGCGGCGUCCUCUACCCCGAUGGCCUCGAGGUGUCCGAGCGCUGCAGGGCCCUGAUCGCAGAACUGCUGCAGUUCAGCCCCUCUGCCAGGCCCUCAGCGGGCCAGGUAGCGCGCAACGGCUGGCUGCGUGCGGGGGACUCCGGCUAGAAGCCGGGGUUCCCACCAUUCCCGCCGUCCCGAGCACUGCGCAAGCGCAGCGCACGCGCGUGAAGCGCGCUUCCGUACCCCCGCGAAGCCGACACGCGCCACUGCGCACGCGCAUUUCCCCCUUUUUCCUGUCUGGACGGCUGGGGCCGUAGUCGCCCCUGUUUGGAAUCUAACCCCUCUCCCCACGAUCCCGAGAGCAGGAGGGCGCAAGCGCUUCCUCUGUUCCCCAAGAGAAGGCCUCGGGAGGGGAAGGGACGAGAAGAAACGGAAGCAUUGCGCCAGCGUGGAAUGAGCGACGGCUGCUGGCAGGCGGUGGCUACCUGGAGGAGCUGCCCGCGAGUGGACGCGGGUGGAGGGCGCCCUUCUCUAGGCAGCCGCGCAUGCCGGUGGGCGAAGGCGCGCUCCCGGCACUGCCUCCUUGCAACUUGCAAUAAACUCGCUCUUCCUCGAA